AUGGCAACGGCGACGCGACGAUGGCGGAAGGAGGGUGUGGAGGAGCAAGGCUUCGGGCGGAAGGGGCGGGCUCGUUCUGGGGAUGGCGCGAUGCCAUUGGACGAAGCUAUGGAGCCGCACCGUCUGGGCUCAGGGCCAAGGGGUGAUGUUCACAGCAGCGGCUGUCCGCGGCUGCUGGCAUUUCCCAGCCGGCUGGCGAUGGAGGAGUCCUGCCUCGGCCUGCUGGAUUAUAAAACGGAGAAAUUUGUCCUCACCCGGAAUAGAAGAAUCGGGGUGUUGCACCGCCUGAUUCAGCUUGGGAUCCUGAUUUACAUCUUUGGAUGGACGCUCUUAGCCAAAAAGGGCUACCAAGAAAGGGACACCGAUCCCCACGUCUCUGUGAUCACCAAGUUGAAAGGAGUCUCUGUCAUACGGGUGAAGGAGCUUGGAGAUCGGCUGUGGGACGUGGCGGAUUAUGUCAAGCCUCCUCAGGGAGAAAAUGUUUUCUUUCUGGUGACCAAUUUCAUUGCCACUGUGAAGCAAGUGCAGGGGGUUUGCCCAGAGCAUCCUUCUGUCCCUGACGGGAAUUGCCGGAGAGAUUCAGACUGCUCUGAAGGACAGCCUGUCGUCCAUGGGAAUGGUGUGAAAACGGGGAAGUGUGCCCCUUUUAACACGACCCACCGCACCUGUGAGAUCUUUGGGUGGUGUCCGGUGGAGGACGCGACCUUGCCCAGGAAACCACGUCUGGCCGAAGCAGCGAACUUCACCCUCUUUAUUAAAAAUACGGUCAACUUUUCCAGGUUUAACAUCUCCAGGACCAACACAUUGGAGACGACCGACGACUCCUACUUCAAGAGCUGUCGGUACGAUGCCCUGGAAAGCCCAUAUUGCCCCGUCUUCCAGAUCCACGACAUGAUCGAGGCAGCUGGGGAGAGCUUUGAGGAGCUGGCGCUCUGGGGGGGAGCCAUCAGCCUGCGGAUCAGCUGGAACUGUGACUUAGACCGACCCCCUUCCGAAUGCAACCCAAGCUAUUCCUUCAACCUCCUGGACAAGAAGUUCAAUUUCAGGACCGCCUCCUAUUACCAGGACCCCCUCCACCGGCGCUCCAGAAGCCUGCUGAAACUCUACGGCAUCCGCUUUGACAUUUCCGUCCAUGGGCAGGCUGGGAAGUUCAGCAUCGUCCCCACCGCCGUCAACUUGGGAACAGGAGCCGCCCUGCUGGGUGCGGCCACGGUGGUCUGUGAUCUUAUUCUCCUUUACCUUGAUACCAAAGCUGAAUUCUACUGGAGUGAAAAGUACGAGGAGGCCAAGCCCCCCAAAGACGAAGCGAAGGCGCCCACUCAACCUCCCAAGCCAGAGGCGUCGUGAAGCGAAAGACCUCACGUAGGGUGGCCACGUUGAGCGGACAAGACCUCUGCUGGUGAUUCUGGACGCAUUUGGCCUCCCAAGAGUUGACGCUUUGAUACCUCCCGGAAAUGUCUAUGCAAAGAAUCUCAGGUAGGAGGGAAAGGCUGCCCAGCAGCGUGACUCUCCCGGAGUGCCAAAGACCCACAGAGAGCCACGACUACUGAGAAGAGAAGGACCUUAUCAAGUCACCAACGAUGGGGAAACGGGUGGGCUAUCAUCGCCGUCGGACACUGAGUCAACCUUUUCUUCCACUGUCUCGAUUUUGUGCCACUUGGGUUCCUCCAGAAGGAAAUGAAAACAAGACACUCAACUCAGUGGCUGUAGCCUUUUUCGCCAGCGCUAAGUCAGUUCUGGGAACCCUUAAGCUCAGAGGCUGAAUCAGGCCCUCUUGGUGGUGGUGGUGGUGGGGAAUCUGUCCACCCUAUGGGUCCCAAACUGGCUCCUCUGAGUCUCUCCUGGAGGUCAU